AUGGAUGGUAAUCACAGACUAUUACAAUCGCCUAUUGUGCUUGACUCCGACACAAUCAACAGAAGAUCACGUCUGGCUGCAUCUCAGUUUGGACCAGCCCUCCAUAACUUCAAACUUCGUAUCGACCUAGCGAGUCUGCAAGAAUUCAUCGGCUACAUCAUAUACCGAACUCAGUUCCGCGGCGAAGUCAUUCUCGUGGCGAUCUACCUUCUCUGGACGCUUCAUCAGGAGAUCAGACCAAGCCUUCCCGUACUUCGAGACAAUGGUCCAGAUUCUGGUUAUCUCUUCGUACUUGCAUUCUUUAUACUGGCCGAGGCACAUCUCGGCGACACGUAUUAUGGUUUUGCAUCUUGGGUCAAGGUGCUCAACUCUUGGCUUGUCCCGGAAGGCCGCCCUCCAAGAGGGGUCCAUCAGUCGAACGAAGCUCUGGCAAACGUACAGCAGGAUAUACUGAAGCUUUUGAACUACGAUCUCGAUACCCGAUUGGCCAAGCCCGCAUACCCCAGUCUCCUAGCAUUUCUUGGACCUCACGCGCUUGCGACUCUUGGCUUACAGCCUUCUGGUUUGCCCCUCGUCACACCGCCUACUCUCUUUGCUGCUCCAAAUCCUCAGGCUCCCUCAGGUCAUCUCUUCCAUCCACGACCUUCGAGAGCCAACUUUGCUGGGCACCGUUCGCCACAAUAUUCAUCCACUUAUCCAUCUUAUCCUCAAUGA